AACGAACAUGCAUUUGAAUCAGGUGUGUUGGAGCCAAGAAACAUCUAAACAUGCAAGACAGGGGGUCCGUGAGGACCAGGGUUGAGAACCACUGGAGUAGAGGAUUCGUCUGACACGAGAGACGUAAUACUAAAUGAGAAGCUGGUCUGCAGCGCCCGGUUCGCUGAAAGGGAAUCUGUGGCCUGGCAGAAACAGUGUGACCCAUCCGACCUAUGACCUUUGGCCCUGACCCCGAAGACCCAACUAGCACGCAGGUUCAGCAGCUCAGAGGUCUCUGCAGCCUGCAGGGUCACCGGGCCAGCUGUGAGGCUGUCACUCCACAAUCGGCUUUAAUUUCACACCUCCUCUCCAGUGGGCACUAAUCCGCCCGGUUACAGCUACCCCCUGAGGGCCCAGCUGCAUGAGUCAGGCCUGGUCAGACUUCUACUCCAGCAUCCAAAGAUUACAGCUAUUGCAGCCACGGUGCUGCAUUUCACCAAAUAUCAUAAUGGCUCCACCCUUCUUACCAGAGAGGCGCCUGCUUGGAAACUGGAUUUCAUACAGGAGAACAGUUCCGAACAGGAUAUGGCUAAAGAUUUACACGGCACGGGGCCAAUCUCCGUGCAUUUUGCUGUUUAAAAUACAAAACGUAAAUGUUCGUUAACAUUUAUGCAUCUUAAACAGGGUUUCUUUGUCUCAUUUGGGGCAAACGAAGUCAAUAGCGAGCUCACAAACGUGUUGGUGUAUGAGUGCGGUAGCAGGAGCUUGAGGUGAGGAGGGACUGCUGAAAUUGUCAACAACACAGGAUCAAAAGUUUGGAAGAUGCUUUUUCAUAUAUCGUUUGUUUUUAUUCUUGGACUUUUGGGAGCAGUGAACAGUCAGUAUGGCGAGCGGGGAAUGUCCAUCCCCGAGCACGGCUUCUGCCAACCAAUUUCAAUCCCACUCUGUACGGACAUUGCUUACAACGAGACAAUUAUGCCGAAUUUACUUGGACAUACUAACCAGGAGGACGCGGGGCUGGAAGUGCACCAGUUUUACCCGCUAGUAAAAGUGCAGUGCUCCCCUGACCUCAAGUUUUUCCUGUGCUCCAUGUAUGCCCCUGUGUGUACGGUGCUCGAACAAGCCCUGCCUCCGUGUAGGUCGCUGUGUGAGAGAGCAAGGCAAGGUUGCGAGGCACUGAUGAACAAAUUCGGGUUCCAGUGGCCGGACAGUCUUGCUUGUGAAUCUUUUCCCGUUCACGGAGCUGGCGAGCUGUGCGUGGGACAGAACAUGUCUGACAGCGCGCCCAUUAAACCCACCCUGGAUGUAACAGAAGCGCCUCACGGCCAUAGGAGCGUAAAGGAGGAAUUUAAAUGCCCGAUUUCCUUGCGGGUACCCCCGUAUUUAAACUAUCGUUUCAUGGGGGAUGAUGAUUGCGGUGCGCCUUGUGAACCGUCGAAACCGUAUGGAAUGAUGUACUUCAACGAGGAAGAGUUGAAAUUCGCCAGGAUUUGGAUCGGCAUAUGGUCAGUGUUGUGUUGCGCAUCCACCUUGUUCACAGUUCUGACAUACCUGGUGGACAUGAAGAGAUUCAGCUACCCUGAGAGACCCAUUAUCUUCCUCUCUGGCUGCUACACCAUGGUUUCCAUGGCAUACAUAGCCGGUUUCUUGCUCGAGGAUAAAGUGGUUUGUAAUGACAGAUUUGACAGUGACCUAAGAACAGUUGUCCAAGGUACUAAAAAGGAAGGAUGCACCAUUUUGUUCAUGAUGUUAUACUUUUUCAGCAUGGCGAGCUCUGUCUGGUGGGUCAUUCUGGCACUGACCUGGUUCUUGUCUGCUGGUAUGAAAUGGGGGCAUGAGGCCAUCGAGGCGAACUCCCAGUAUUUCCACCUGGCAGCGUGGGCGGUGCCCGCUGUCAAAACCAUCACCAUCCUAGCGGUGGGCCAGGUGGACGGGGAUGUGUUGAGUGGCGUGUGCUUUGUGGGCAUCAACAGUGUGGGCGCUCUGAGAGGAUUCGUCCUGGCGCCUCUUUUCAUCUACCUUUUCCUUGGUACCUCUUUCCUCCUGGCCGGCUUUGUCUCUCUCUUCCGGAUCCGGACUAUCAUGAAGCACGACGGCACCAAAACCGAAAAGCUCGAGAAGCUUAUGGUCCGCAUCGGAAUUUUCAGCGUUCUCUACACCGUUCCAGCCACUAUCGUCAUCGCUUGUUAUUUUUACGAGCAGGCAUUUAGGGAACAGUGGGAAAAGAGUUGGGUUAGUCGGACUUGUAAGAACUACGCCGUCCCUUGCCCAGCUCACCACCAUCCUCAGACGUCCCCAGACUUCACCGUGUUCAUGAUCAAGUACUUGAUGACUCUGAUCGUGGGCAUCACUUCCGGGUUCUGGAUCUGGUCAAGCAAAACCCUUAACUCCUGGAGGAGAUUCUAUACAAGACUCGCGAGCACAAAACAGGGUGACACGACAGUGUGAGAUAAUGUUACACAAAUGCUCACACACUGAGAAGCAGCCAUGGCAAAAGUGACACACACACACAUCACAAAAACUGGAGUAGCCAAGUCAGACUAUUUGUAUUGCAGAGUCAAUACAUUUUCUGUCAAAAACUCUGUCUUCAUGUGAAAUUGCCAGUCAUUGCAUUCAGAAAUGUUCAAUUUUUGGUGACUUCUUACUGUGUGAAGUUGGCAAAUCCUCAUUGAUAACAAUGUAAAUGGUAUUAAGCUCAAGUCUAUUG